GACACCAUGUGUAGUGCAGUGCUGCAGCUGGCUGGGGGUCGGGGGGCUUUUAAAUGGGGGUUGCUAAGGGGGCUCAGCACUGCUGCAGGGCACAGGGACGUCAGUGUCACCCACCUGCAAGGGCACGAUGCGGGCAUCGCAGAGAUCGUCAUGUCCAGGCCUCACGCUCGGAACUCGUUGGGCAAAGCGUUUGUUACUGAGUUUUUCCACUCUGUAGACAGCCUGCGCCAUGACAGCAGUGUCCGUGUGGUGGUGGUCAGGAGCGCGGUCCCUGGGGUGUUCUGUGCAGGUGCGGAUUUGAAGGAGCGAUCAAAGAUGGAAAAUUCUGAGGCGUCUUUGUUUGUUCACAAUCUGAGAAAGUUAAUGAAUGAAAUUGGGGCUCUGCCAAUGCCCACAAUUGCAGCCAUAGAUGGAUACGCCCUGGGUGGUGGCCUGGAGCUAGCCCUGGCUUGUGACCUCCGUAUUGCUGCAUCUUCAGCUAAACUGGGGCUCAUUGAAACUACAAGAGGAUUACUUCCAGGGGCAGGGGGUUCACAGCGACUUCCACGCUUAGUUGGAACUGGUUUAGCCAAAGAGCUUAUCUUUACCGGGAGACAAAUCGAGGGUGCACAGGCGUACCAGAUCGGACUGGUGAAUGAUGCGGUCCCCCAAAAUGAGGAGGGGAACUCUGCCUACAAGAAGGCUUUGGAAUUGGCUCAUGAGAUCUUACCUCAGGCCCCGAUUGCUGUGAAAAUGGCCAAGCUGGCUAUGAAUAAAGGCAUGGAGGUGGACAUUACCUCUGGGAUGGCCAUAGAGGGGAUGUGCUAUGGGCAGGUCAUUCCUACCAAGGAUCGCCUAGAAGGAAUGGCAGCUUUCCUGGAGAAGCGUCCGCCCCGUUACACGGGAGAGUAACAAUGUCUGAUCAUCUCUUUUAUCCGCCUCUGGAUCACUCAUCACCGGACACACAUAAGGGGAAUGAGCUGCCAAGAGUUACCUAAUAUUCCCCAGCAAGGAUUAUAUUGGAUUAUCCGAUACGUAUUACAUAUCACUCCAUGCACCAGAAAGAUAUUUACAUUAUAUAUAUAUCCGCUAAACUGGAAAAUUCCUAAAAUACUCAGUUUUGGGUGGAUUUAGCAUCUGUUAGUACUGAAAAUAUAACAUUACUCAUCUGAAGUCUGUAAUGAUGGAGGCCGGACAUGGUCUUGUCUACUAUUGGAGUAUAAUAAGAUCAUAGGGUGUCAGACCUCAGCUGUACAGUUCUGUCUCAUACACGUUCUCUUAAUAAAACAUUAUGAU